AUGAAUCUCCGAAUCCAGCAACAUCACAUUAUACACAAAAUGGCUGCCAGGGAGCCAUCCAGAUACCUGGCUAAGGCUCUGCCGAGGGCAUUUGCCCCAUCAGCCCGCCCCCAGGCCUUUAUUGGCCGACGCAAUGCCUCCGACUCGGCCCCGACUCGACGUUUGUCGGACGAGCUGGAGACAGCCUCGUCUUUGACCUCCAAGGUCUCCGACAGCGCAGCGGAAUCGUUCGACCCAGUUUCUCGAGCCAGUGCUCGCAGGUCCCAGCUUCCUCGCAGUCGAUACCAAUUCCGAUCCCCUAAAUAUUACCGCGGUCCUCUCCACCCUCACCAACCCCCUGCUCCCUCCGAUCCCUCUUCCCGCCUGUUCGUUCCCGGACCUUUCUCUCUCCCGCGCACCGAGCAGACCUACAACGCGACAGUCGCAUCAGAUAUCAUGACUCUGUGCUACGUGCAUACACCACCCGGAUUCAAGGCUCCCGUUAAGGCCCCGCGACUGCGCGAGUGGGAUGACAGCUCCCCCUAUCAUAAGAACCGUCCCCUCCGUGGGCCCCGUGGCGGUGAUGUGCUGCGAUUACUCCGCAAGCCAAUUCGGUUCAACAACAUCCCCAAGAUUGAGCGGAUCACUGUUCACAGUUACGUUAAGCAGGCAGCACAGGAGAACUCGUCUUGGAUCCAUGUCGCCGGUAUCGCGAUCCAGGCCAUCUCCAAUGUCCGUGUCGAGACCUUCAAGUCGAAGUCUGCCGUUGCUACUUGGAGCAUUGCCCCUGGUCGCGACACCGUCGCCGUCAAGGCGGAGUUGCAGGGCGAGACGAUGCACCACUUCCUUGGAAAGCUGAUUGAUGUUGUUCUGCCUCGUAUGAAGGAUUGGCAAGGUAUCAAGGGUAGCAGUGGUGAUAGCAGUGGAAACAUUACUUUCGGUCUGGAACCGGAGCAUGUUGCCCUGUUCCCCGAGAUCGAGGUCAACUAUGAUAUGUAUCCUCCCAAGAUGAUCCCGGGUUGCCACAUUACCCUCCACACCACUGCCAAGGCGGACAAGGAUGCCCGACUCCUCCUGAGUGCCAUGGGCGUUCCUUUCUAUGGAAAGAUCGUCCAGUAA